CGAGAUAACUCUUUGGGCAGAGAAAGCAGACAUGAUUCAAACAGAGGACAUCAUUGGCAAAGUAUUCGCAAUAACUGCAACCACGGUAACUUAUUUCAACAAACUACAACUCGAGUCCACAACAUCAACUACAAUUGCUAUCAAUCCACCAAUCCCAGAUCUUCAGACAUACGUGAACAGAUUUCAGGAAUUAGUGCCACUUGCAGAACAACAUGCAUCAUUAAGCCACAUCACUAUUGCUGAACUGAAGACAAAAAUUUACAACAAGACUGCGCAACAAGGACACUACACAUGCACUGCAAGAAUAACAGAAAUCGACGAGCUCCGCACCUGGUUUUAUGUGAAAUGUCCCAAAUGUGGCAACAAAGCAUAUCCGGAGAAAGACCAUUUCGUUUGCUUGGACGAUGAUAUAGAAGAAGAAGAAGCAAUUUUCAUGUAUUGCCUCAACGCAAAAAUAACAGACAACACAGACUCCAUAGAGGCAGUCUUCUACAACGAAGCACUUAAUGACAUUGUCAAGAUAAGUUGUCGUGACAUGGUAAUCGAUCUUGGAAACAGAAACCCGAAGGUGUUUCCAAACAAAAUAACUUCCAUAAAGGAGGAACCAAAGUUGCUGCACAUCGCUGUGAAAGGUAACAAUAACAUUGCCGUGAACAAAGCAGAAAAUCCAAGGACAUUCCAACCAGCAACACCAGACCCCAAGAAAAGAACUUUAGCACAGUUGCCAGACUCCGACAAGAAGGCAAAGCACUAAGCAUAACAAAGACAUGUAAAGCGCCAGCAACAACGUUUUGGCAACCUGCAAAAACUUUUGGAUGCUAAAGUAAACAAGACAAGAAAAUUGCCUUUUGUACAAACUUCAAUGGCAACUAACGUGUGUAGUAUAACCCCAGUUUGUAGCUGUUAGGUUCCGCCUCCUAUGCGGAAAAUAUAACACAAAGAUGGCCUUUUGUAACAACUUUACCGGCAACAAAUGAAUGUAAUAUAGACCCAGUAUAUAGCUUUGUACUUCUCGCACUUAAAAUCAUAUAACUAUAUGUAGUGUAUUCA